CUACUACAAUUUGGUCUAAACAUUAGAAAAAAAUAGACCAAAUUUCCAUUUUUGGAGAUAAAAGCAGGUACAUGUUGCUAAACUGGUAAUUGAUUCAACGAAGAAACCUACGAACCAGUCGCUUUUAUUUGAUUUGGUUCAUGUUGCGUGUGACAACAGCACGUGCUUAAUCCUGCGCCAUGCGUCCGUCACAUCUGAAAUUGAUUGUUGAAUAGUUAUGAAAGUAAUUCGAUGCUGGGAUUCCAUCGACAUGUUUCGUGACGCUUCAGAGGGAAGACGAAAAUGAAGUUCAAGAGUUUCCUGCUUCUGUGUUUCCUCGGUUUAAGUUUAAUGAGCUUCAUCGCCACACUUCUACUGCCGAGAAUCAAGGAGAAGAACUUGCUCCGUUUCCCUUUCGACACUUUGUUGAGGUACGCAGAAUUCCUUCACCUUAACAUCAGUCUAUUCGACGGAAAUACACAUGACUCCUCGAGUGACGACUCGAGCCAGCCGUCCUCUGGAGCAUCAUGGCUUGAGAAGACUGGGUCAAGAAAUGUUAGUGCCGUCGAUCGAGAGUUUUGGGAUUUACUACAAAAUGCUAAGAGGCAAUCUGAAGACGAAAGUAAUGACAAUGACGAUGUUGAUGAUGACGAAAUAGAAUUAGAGGAGGAAGACGGAAAGCAAGAGUCUUCGACAAAAACAAGCCAUGUACAAUACGACGAAUUAAGCUGCAAGCCUCACCAGGAGAUCGCCUUUCUCAAAACUCAUAAAACCGGAAGCAGUACUCUAACAAAUAUCCUCAACCGCUAUGCAGACCUCAGAGAGCUCAAAAUGGCACUUCCGGCGCAACAUCUGUAUCGCUUCGGCUGGCCUGGGUAUUUCCACUGGCAUGCUGUGGAUCUGUGGCGGCUAAACGGGGAACCAGCUCACGUGCUCUGUAACCACGCCCGCUAUAAUAGGCCCGCAAUGGAAGUUAUCAUGCAAAGUGACACUAAAUACAUUACAAUUCUACGUGAUCCCGUUUAUCAAUUUGAGUCGACAUUCAACUACAUGGAAUUGUACCGUUUCUUUAAACUGACAAACUAUUCCAACCCUUUGCAGGUUUUUCUAAGAAAUCCUCAUGGGUAUCUUAAGAAUUUAACAAGAACCGUUAAGUCGUUUCCAGAAUCGAUGCACCUUGUGAGAAACGGUAUGUUUUUUGAUCUAGGUUUGCCGCCAUCUGCACAGGACAACGACAAGGAAAUUCGCACUGCCAUAAAAAAGGUCGAGAGCGAGUUUUCGCUUGUUCUUAUUAUGGAAUAUUUCGACGAGAGCCUUGUUUUACUCAAGCGAGAAUUUUGCUGGGAUAUAGAUGACGUCAUUUACAUCAAACAAAAUCAAAGAAAGGCAGGUAAUAAUACAUCGAACAGAGCUUUAUCGACUCAGCUCAAAUAUAUGAUAAGAGACUGGAACCGAGCGGACGUGCUGCUCUAUGAGCAUUUUAACAAGACAUUCUGGGAGAGAAUCAAGCGACACGGUGAGGGAUUCUAUAAAGACCUCGCGGACUUAAAACGAAAAAACGUAGAGAUGUUCAAUGACUGUGUUUCCCCAGAAGAGGUCACGGAAAUCGCAUUUCGACUGAGCGGGCAGAUACGUGGUUUUAAGCUUAACGAAAGGGUUUCUCGUUACAACAGAUACUUGUGUGAAAAGUUACUCACAAAUGAAAUAGACUACAUUCAUUAUUUCCGACGAAAACUGCACCCGUACUACGGGUAUCAAAAGCAGCUUAGAGCUUCCGGAAAAACACGCCAGGCGGGGGAAAACGUUAUUGUUAAAAGAAUUAGUGCCAUGAAAUCAGUUAAGCCGCUCUAAAGAAUUCAUAAGCUAUAUUAAACGAGUAUCUCGCUUUAUUGCAAAGCGUCCUUUUUUAAAUACAUGCCAUUGUAAUUAUUCUGAUGUCACGUGGUAUGUGCUAUGGUACAGUGUGUU